CCGCUAUGCGCCCAUAUCGCCGUUUCUGAACGUCCCCCUCGUUUUUAUUCUAACCUCUGACUUCACCGAUGAGUUAGCUAUCUUUGUUUAGUGAAUAGAAAAUGACAAUGACCGAUAUAGAAUCGUGGAUAUAAAAACCAGUCAUGAAAAUGCAGGGUUCCAUUUAACAUCAUAAUGCAUAUGUCAUCUUGUCAUCUCAAUGUUGUCAUCUAAAUUAAUUUGUUGAGUGCAUGGUCGUAGAUUGUUUUGAGUUCCAAGACUGUGAAAGAAGUGAUAAGUGCAUCAUCAUAAGCAGCCGACAGCUCCGAACGAACAUUUUACAUGGAAGUUUCCUAUCUUUAGGACGAGUUAAUCUGUGGAGGGACUUGCGAAAUGUGGGAACCGCUCGAAUAGAGACAAUGUUAAAUUUUUUCGCUUUCCAUCAAUCCAAGAUCGACAGUAGAACGUUUCUCAAGAGAGAAUCAAUAGGCAGAGGCAAUAAAUAACAUUAAUAUAAAAACACGUUGGCAACACUGAUGUUGAGGCUGUUUUUUUGGCAAAGCACAUAAAAUUUGGUUUCAGAGAAAGAAAUACCUACAAAACCAGGAGCGAGAAUUGACUCCCAUGUAUAUGGACCUUUCAAACCUUCAGGAAUAAGCCACAGGAAAUAAAAAUCUGAAGUUGCUAAAUCCUGUUUUUUUUUAAAGAUAAUUCCCCAAGUCAAAAAUUUAGUAACUAUGUUGGCAACACAAGCCUUUUCUACAUAAAAAUUUGAAAGCAUUGACAAUUUUACAUUGUAUUGCCAACAUAAUGUCAUUUUGACUUUUAUCUUAAAAAAAAAAACAGAUUUUAGACACCUUCUUAGAACAUAGAAGAGGUAAAAGUUGCUGGUCAUGUCGUUAAAGCAGUCCCGUUGCGUAUGAGUCAAGCAUCAUGAAAAUUUAUUGGUGAAUGUAGCAAAAAUAUUUCAUUCAAAAAUUAACAUAAAAAUUUGCUUCUUCCACCUAAUUUUUUUCAGCAGUGUGGUGGACUUUAGGAAAUAAUGCUAUCGUUCAAAUCAUAUAACUCACGGAAAUUUAAAUGACGUUGUCAACACUUGGUCAAAUUACUCAAAGUGACACAUUUUUUUUUUCUGCAUAUUUAUUUUUUAAGAAAAAGUGUCUAAACAUGAACACGAACAAUUGAGCAUUUUCAAACCCAUAAUCACAGCAGUAUUUUUGCCAUUAAAAAGAUUGUACAAAUUUUGUUGAAUAACCAAAGACCAGGAGAUGGAUUUUGCCAGCAAAAAAGGAGCGAAACAUUGGGUUUUCCUACAGAAUUGAAGAGGAAUGCUGCAGCUAUGGGUUUUAGUAGUAAUACAAAAUCCGAAAUUCCAAUUGGAACAUUGAACCAAGUACUUAAAGCAUCUGCCUGUUCUCCAAUCAGAUUUCAAAAGCCAAAAUCCCGAAGAACUCUAAAAUCGGUUUCUAAAAUAUCUAAUAAACCUUGCGCCCUUUGUACCAAUGAAUACGCUAAUAGAAAUGUACAAAUUUGCAUCCAUAAAUGGCUACAUUUCCUCAAACUGAGAAUAGUUUCAUGUAAAUUUUACAAAAAGUAUAAAGAAUUGGAUACUGAUGAUUCAUUAGUUAAAGAAACAAUUACGAACACAUUAGUUCAAGUUUGCCAAUUAUUUCCCGAUGCCCAAAAACUUAUUGCUGAUGAAAAUAAAUGGUGUUCUUGCAGGAAUUUUUCCAGGAAUUGUCCUCAUUGUAGGAAUGCGAUGGAAAAUGUAUGUGAUAAUUUAAGUAAGAAUAAUAUGGAUGCAUCUAGAGUGAAAAAUUCCUAUGAUAAUAAUAACUGUUUGAAAGUUUUAAGCUCAAAUUCAAAAUCAUCUGACCACAUCUCAAAUUGCAUUCAUUUUAAACGACCAACUUUAUCAACAUCUACUUUUCAGUCAACAUCACUUGAUAAUACUACAGCCAAAUUAAAACAAAAUUUCCUGAAACUUGAUUUGUCUGGUGGAAAAAGUUCAAGUGGUUAUAGCAGUAUUAAAUCAAAAAAUUCCUCAAAUCGUCGUUUAUCUUCAAAAAGCUUCAAGAAUGCUGCCUUAUUCAGGGAAGAAUUAACAUAUAGUUGUGAGUUGUUUAAUAAGAAACUUGAAGUAUUCAACAAAAAAAACAUUUGUAAACACCCUGUAAAGGUUUUAUAUAAAACUAAUGCUUCUAAUUUUGAUAAAAAUGAAUCCAAAAUGGAAAUAAAUAUUUCAAAAACCACAAAUAAGGCACAGUUUGAAAAGCAACCAUUAGUUUUAACGAAUUCAGAAAAAAGUUUUGUUGAAAAAUACAAAAACUGCAAAGUGACUUUUCGCGAUGGGUCCCUAAACUUUGCAAGGGAUAACUGGCAUGACCUACCCAAAAAAAUAACAAGUUUAGAACUUUGCGAUUCUAAGAAUAAUGAAAACUCCAACAAUUUUUUUAUGUCAGUAAUAAGUGUUUACGAAAAAGAGCAGCAAUUUUGCAAUAAUUUAUUCUACGACAAAUUAUUUGAGAAAACAUUGAUAAUGGCUGGCGAAGACAAAUACGAACGAGGAAAGAAAAAUAAAAAAGCAAUUUUCACAAGAAUAAUUAGAAAGGCGCGAAUUUCCACGUGUCUAAGGAAAAAGAAUAAACAUUAUGAAGACUGCAAAGAAACAAGGAAAAAUAAUAAUGAAGAAUUGGUUGAAAUUCAACAAAAUGCAUCAUCCUUAGCGUCGGAUAAUAAAAAAUCUUUCAUAAUGCUAGCUGAAGCCAUCAAAGCCAAGGGCACCGUAGAUGACAUACUGAAAAUUUGCGGUCUUUUGAGAUUUUUAGAACGAAUUGAAAAUCGUGAUUUUAAUAUGAGUUGUUGGAAGAACAGAAAUAUUUGCGAAGAUGCCAUUUGCGCUGAACUUGUGGAGAUGUUUGCAAAUGUUUAUGAUUUCUGUCGCAAGGAAGCAAAAAAACACAAAAAGGAAAUAACAAAUGAGCAACUUAAACUAGUGAAAUUGUUUGUGAUUAAACACAAAAUGUUCGAGCUUGUUCCAGAAAUAAAUUUUGUGGCGUUGAAAAUAAGUAAUGGAUUCAUUGAAACAGAAGAACAGCUAAAGAAUGCUGUCGCAUUUAAUUUAAUUUGGGAAAUGUGGUAAUUAUUAUCUAGACAAUAUAGUUUUGGUUCAAUAAUCCUAAAUAACUAACGGCUUUU